AUGGAGAACACCACUAGACAGAAAGGUGAUAUAGAAGCCUACACAAUCAUAGUGGCAAAAGGAAUCAAGAGCAACAAAGUCUUCCAUGACACCUGGUACAGGGCAGUGUGUGAGGUCUUGUGCGGGAACCAGCGAAAGCUCCAGAAGCUUUUAGAGACUGUGGAGUUGCAGAUCAGCUUGAAGAACUAUGACCCUCAGAAGGACAUGCGCUUCUCAGGCACUGUCAGGCUGAAGUCCAUGCCCCACCCCAAGUUCUUCCUGGGGGACCAGCAGCACUGUGACGAGGCCAAGGCCAUGGACAUCCCCCACAUGGAGGCACUGAGGAAGCUCAGCAAGAGUAAGAAGCUGGUUAAAAAACUGGCCAAGAAGUAUGAUGCCUUUCUGGUCUGGGAGUCUCUGAUCAAGCAGAUCCCAGGAAUCCUGGGUUCUGGCCUCAAUAAAGUUGGCAGGUUCCCUUCCCUGCUGACCCACAAUGAAAACAUGGUGGCCAAAGUUGAUGAAGUGAAGUCCGUGAUCAAGUUACAGAUGAAGAAGUGCUUGUGUCUGGCUGUGGCUCUUGGUUAUGUGAAGAUGACAGAUGACAAGCUUGUGUACAAUAUCCAUCUGGUUGUCAACUUCCUGGUGUCGCUGCUCAAGAAGAAUUGGCAGAACAUCUGGGCCUUAUAUAUCAAGAGCACCAUGGGCAAGCCCCAGCACAUUGGGGCGCAUCCAAAUAAAUGUCAAUGCCACUAA